UUUUCUGUGACUGUGGACUUUUUACUUUUGCAAGUUUUCAAUUUUCAUCCGUUUUUCACCUUUGCAGUUUAUUUAUUUACCUGUUACCUUUCCUGUUUUCAUCAACUUUGUUCUUAAUUUUUUGAAUUGAUUCACUUUAAAAUGGUUACGAACGUAGUAUUAAAAGGAUUCGAUGACUUCACAAAAUAUACUGAAACUAUUGCACCUAAUGGACCCACAGUAUUGUUUUAUUUUAGCGGCUCAAAAUUACCGAACGGCGAUAGCUGGUGUCCUGAUUGUGUUGUAGCUGAGCCAGUGGUCAAAGCAUUUCUAUCAGAGGUCAAAAAAGAUGUAACAUUUGUUUAUGUUGAUGUUGGCGAUAGGGAAUACUGGAAAGACAGAGCGUGUCCGUUCAGGACAGACAGCCGAACGAAGUUGAUGGUAAUCCCCACUUUAAUCAAAUGGAAGGGAGUGCAGAGGCUGGAGGGUAGCCAGUGUUGUAAUCGGGAACUGCUGCAGAUGCUGUUUGAGGAAGAUGAUUAGUUAUGAUUAAGAGCGGCCAGAGACAAGCAGCUUAAAGGUCUUCGCAUGGACUCAACUCACGGCAAAGCAUGGAAAUGUGAGCUUUAUGUUCCUUAUGGCAGAAUUUUCAAAAUUUAAUUGAAAAUAGUCUGCUAUGCGUGGAUCACGCAUGGUCCACGCGUGGCGAUCAAAGUUAUAAUUUGAACAGUGUGGAGUCUGUGUAACAUGCGAAGAUCUUAAGGUUUGACUGACCACUUCAUAUUGUGACUGCAUGGCAAAUUACAAUCUUCUCUUCAUCGUCAUACACGAGACCGCUCGAGCAGUCGCGACCGCUCUAAGCCUCCGUUUGAUCGAGCAGUGUCAACACAUAAUACCGUGUAUAUCUACUGACUGCUCUAAAAUUCUCAAGGUGUCUUCCAGUUGUCAUAUUCUAUCUGCAAUUGAAUUGUCAACUGCUUGAUUAGUUGAAUAUAAUUUCCAUGUAUAAUUCUGUAUGAUAAACUUACUUAUUAAUAUUUUAUAGUUACUUAAUGUAAAAAUGUAAUCAUAAGGAGGCAAUUUUUUAAAUAAACACAUUUGCAUUUA